GAUAUGUUUUUAUUAUGGUUCCUUUAAUGGAUUUCUUGUUGGGUGAAGAUAUGAAUAACCCUACAGAACAGGAAGAAGAAUAUUUUGCAACCAGUUUUCAAUACAGACUGCCUUUACUAUUAUGGCUUCCAGUGGAGUUUCUUCUCAUUACCAAAGGAGCUAUUGUAGUCAGCAGCUCUUGUAGCUGGACUUGUUGGUUAACCAGCACGAUAUCUGUAGGUCUCAUGAGCGGUGUGGGAAUUACCUGCGCACAUGAGUUGGGUCAUAAGACUUCUAUCACCUGUUCUUUAUUUUCAAAGAGUUUAUUAUUGUUAGCUUGCUUUGGUUGUUUCACUAUUGAACACAAUUAUGGACAUCAUAAGAAUGUUGGUACUGAAGAAGAUCCGACAACAGCCAAAUACAAUGAGUCUUUUUACCGUUUUGUGUUCCGUGCCAUAUAUGGUGUUGUGAGAGAUGCUUGGAAAAUCCAAGUCAAGGCAUUAAGACGUAGGGGUUAUUCUGGCGUUGAACUUGUACUGAGAAAUGAAGUUUUCCAAGAUACUUGUUGCAGUUUGGGCAUUGGCUUUACUUAUUGCUUGUUGUUUGGAAAGAAGGCCAUGAUUUUCUUUUUUGCACAGACAGUUAUUGCUGUUUCUUUAUUGCAACUUGUCAAUUACAUCGAACAUUAUGGUUUGGUACGACGAAAGCUUUCCAAUGGAACAUACGAGCCGGUGAAUAUAUGUCAUUCAUGGGAUGCUCCUCAUAAGUUUACCAAUUUUUCUCAGUUCAAGUUACAACGACAUUCUGAUCAUCACAAGGAUCCUUUGCGACCAUAUCAGUUACUGAGAACAUGGGAACCAACUCCAAAGCUUCCUUAUGGCUAUCCAACUAUGAUUGUAAUAGCACUUGUUCCUUUUGUCUUUUUUCGAUUGAUGAAUCCAUUGAAUGAGGAGCUUCAAAACUUUUUGGUAGAUAUAUAUGGUAAAGACAACUUUCAUGGGUUGUGUAGAAAACUUUCGGUACCACCUCCAACUACUUUCCGUGUCAAUACGUUGAAAACAACAGCUGACAAAUUCUGUGAGAGUCUACGAGAGAGAGUGAUAAGACAGGCAAAGCACCGACAAGUGGACGAGAAAGAGUUGGCAAAACUAAGAGUAAUAGUUCACCCCAAAAUAAAGGACGUGAUUCAACUUGAUACUCUUGGACCUUUUGACAGGGAUACUCAAGGUUUACCUGUUGCUUGUGUAGAUAGUUUUUGUGGAGAAUCAGUCUUUCGAGGUGCCGAUGUUUACGCUGGUGGAAUAGUUGCCCUAGAAAGCAGUGCCGCAGUGAAUCAGUUGGUUCAAGUUUGGAUGGAUCCCUUUGGCGCCAUUACUCGAGGCUCGACACAGUUUGAUACCAGCAGACUAAUAUAUGUUGGCAACGGUUUGUUGUUACAAAGCAGAAGAGAGAUAUUCCACAGUUCUGUUUGUGAAGGAUUAGCUAUUCAAAUAGUUGAACCUGUCUAUUUUGCUCCUUCAUUAUUUGAUAUUGUUUCGCAAGGUAUUGGUAUCCUUCAGAAUUUGCCUUGUACUGUAGUUGGCCACGUUAUGGAUCCAAAACCUGGCCAAAGGAUAUUAGACCUCUGUGCAAGUCCAGGAGGCAAAACUAGUCAUUUGGCUACUUUGAUGCAUAAUCAAGGUACUUUGGUUGCUUUGGAUCGUAAUCGGAAGAAAGUCGAAGCUAUUGAAAGUCUUUGUAAGAAAUGGGGCAUUGAUAUUGUUUAUUCAUAUGUGGUGGAUGCAACCAAGUUUAGGAACUAUAUCCAAGAGUUUUCUUCAGAACAAGAUCAUUUCUCUGUCAAGCCACCUUUUAUUCGAGAGUCCUUUGACAGUGUUUUGGUAGACCCUCCUUGUAGUGCUUUUGGUCUGAGACCCAAGUUUCAGUAUACUCUUAGUAUGAAAGAUUGGAAAGGGUUUUCCCGUUUUCAGAAGAUAUUUUUAUUAGCUGGAAUAUUGUUGUUAAAGCCAGGAGGUUGCCUUGUGUAUUCCACAUGUACUUUGGAUCCUUUGGAAAAUGAAGAAAAUAUAGCCUAUUGUCUCGAACACUUUCCGGUGGAGUUGAUUGAACAACCAAUAUAUGUUGGAGGUAAAGGUUGCUCUGGUUUUGGGAAUUUAUCACAAAAAGAUUGUGAGAAACUUCAAAGAUUUGAUCUUUUAGAUGAAGAGAAUGACACUNGAAGACUUGGCUUCAUUUUAUGGGAUAAGAAGGUCUACAAAGACUUGAAGUUUCCUUAUCCAAAGGCUUUUAUUUGGAGACAAGGAACUAUCAGGUCCUUUGUUACUAAAGCUCCAACCAGUGCUAACGGCAUCGUGGAUCCUUAUGAUCCUUCAUUAGAGUGGAAGCCUUGGUAUGUGGAUGUUACGAAGAGGAUCUUAGCUUCAUUGAGAGAUGUUCAAGCCAUGGCAGUUAUGCAGAAACAAAUUGGUAGAUUUAAGGUAAAGGAAUUUAAGGAAGAAGCGUUUCAAAUUUAUCGUCAAGUGAAUGAAGCUUUUGCAGCGGGGAAUAAGAAACUAUUAUUUCAGUACACAACUCCUUUAACUUUUAAAGAGUUUUGUAUAGCUCUGGAUGGUCGUCCUCCUUUAGAAAAACAUGUUUGGAAGUUGGGAAAACUUGUUGAGUCUCAAGUGGUGAGGACGAGAGUUUUUCGUUGGAGAAGUGGCAAUAAGAGAGAUAUUUGUGCACAGAUUACUCUUCGGUUAUAUCUUUCUAGGGCUUUAGGAGUCUACAAUAGCAAAGGAGAUAGGAUAGUGGGAGAUGCCAACAAACUGGAACAUAUUACCGAAUAUGUAGUAUUCCAGAGAAGUUUAUAUCUUUUAGAAGAUUUUUCUUGGAAAUAUGUCGGUAGGAUCCAAAUCACAAAGGAAUAGCUAGACCAUCAGCACGUGGGUCGGAUCCUGCACAAAAAGCUCCAUUUUGUAACCGUUGAAUGAUCUGACCACGUCCAAAUACUGCUCGAUCGUGGUUUCUUAUGGGACCUGCAAUGGGAUGCCCUUUAUCUUUCAAUUGUUGAAUGACUUGAUGAGAUAUUCCAUCUUCUAUAUCCACUAAGUGGUCUUCUAUAUUGGAUGAUGCUUGUGCUUCAAACUUGCCAUGUAUGCAGAAUCUGGAGGCAUCCAAAGCUUCUUGUGGAUUCAUAUUCCAAUCCACCUUUCUCAA